GCCUUGCGCGUGGGACCGCAGGUGUCUGCGGCGCGGGUGGGAGCCCGCAGUCGUCGCUGCUGUCGCUUUCAGGAGCCCUGGCCCCCGCUGCACGCGCUUCUACCUCCUGGUGGAGGCCGCGGGGCGGAGGGACUCGCUCCGGGUUAGCUUGCGUUUUUCCUCUCGCAUUGAUGACUGCGGACGGGCCUUUUCAUCACUUAACUAAUUCUUGUAUAUACUUGUGCUGAGAGAUCUUUUGUUGCUAAGUUACGUAACUGGGGAAGGGACAGGUUUUUGGCAGCGAAGUCCAUAAAAGGAUUAUUUGAAAUAAUGGGAGGAAAUGGACGUAGAUCGAAUCACUCCUAGCGAAGAAAGAGUUUUCAGGAUGAAAAAGGCAUUUUGCUACAGUGAAUAGAGUCAAUCUCUGCUCUGACCUUACAGUUCGUGAACGGACCUUAUCUUCUAGGAAGUGAAGGGCGCUCAGCUCUCCAGCUCAGUGUUAGAAUGGCGACUGCCUCAGCUCUAACAGAGGAACUGGAAUCUGUAACCAAUGAGCUCCAUGCGAUUGACAUCCAGAUUCAGGAACUUACAGGGAGGCAGCAAGAGCUCCUUCAGAGAAAGUCCGUCCUGGCAAAGAAGCUCAAGCAGUGCUUAGAGGGCUCCGACGCCGAGGCGAGCAGCAGCUGUGACUCCUCACCAGCCGCGUGGAAUAAAGAAGAUUUCGCGUGGUCUGGGAAGGUUAAAGAUAUGCUGAAAAAUGUUUUUAAACUGCAGAAGUUCAGACCCCUGCAGCUGGAAACCGUCAAUGUCACCAUGGAUAGAAAGGACAUCUUUCUGGUCAUGCCCACAGGAGGUGGGAAGAGCUUGUGCUACCAGCUGCCAGCACUGUGCUCAGAGGGUUUUACACUUGUGAUUUGCCCACUCAUCUCUCUCAUGGAAGAUCAGCUGAUGGUUUUAAAACAGUUGGGAAUUUCAGCCACUAUGCUAAAUGCUUCUAGUUCUAAGGAGCAUGUGAAAUGGGUUCAUGCUGAAAUGGUGAGUAGAAACUCCCAGUUAAAGCUGAUAUAUGUGACUCCAGAGAAAAUUGCAAAGAGCAAGAUGUUCAUGUCAAGACUAGAGAAAGCCUACGAAGCCGGAAGGCUGACUCGCAUCGCAGUGGAUGAAGUGCACUGUUGCAGUCAGUGGGGACAUGAUUUCAGGCCUGAUUAUAAGGCACUCGGCAUCUUGAAGCGCCAGUUUCCCAACACCUCACUGAUUGGGCUGACCGCAACAGCAACCAACCAUGUUUUGAAGGAUGCACAGAAAAUCCUGUGUGUGGAUAAGUGUUUGACUUUCACAGCAUCUUUCAAUCGGCCAAAUCUUUAUUAUGAGGUUCGGCAAAAGCCUUCGAAUGCCGAUGACUUUAUUGAGGACAUUGUAAAGCUCAUUAAUGGACGGUACAAAGGGCAGUCAGGAAUCAUAUACUGUUUUUCUCAGAAAGACUCUGAACAAGUUACCAUUAGUUUACAAAAAUUGGGAAUUCAUGCAGGCACUUACCAUGCCAAUAUGGAACCUGAAGAUAAGACCAAGGUUCAUACUCGGUGGUCAGCCAAUGAACUUCAGGUGGUAGUGGCUACAGUCGCAUUUGGCAUGGGAAUUGAUAAGCCAGAUGUUAGGUUCGUCAUCCAUCAUUCAAUGAGCAAAUCCAUGGAGAAUUACUACCAAGAGAGUGGCCGUGCUGGUCGCGAUGACUCGAGAGCAGACUGUAUUCUGUAUUACGGCUUUGGAGACAUAUUCAGGAUCAGCUCGAUGGUGGUCAUGGAGAAUGUAGGGCAGCAGAAGUUGUACGAGAUGGUGUCAUACUGCCAGAAUAUAAGCAAGUGCCGUCGUGUGUUGAUUGCACAACAUUUCGAUGAAGUGUGGAAUGCAGACGCCUGUAACAAAAUGUGUGACAGCUGCUGCAGAGACAUUUUGUUUGAGAAAAGGAAUGUAACACAGCACUGCCGAGACCUGGUCAAGAUCCUGAAGCAGGCAGAGGCACUAAAUGAAAAGCUCACUCCACUGAAGCUCAUCGAUUCUUGGAUGGGAAAGGGAGCAGCCAAGUUGAGAGUGGCUGGCGUUGUUGCCCCGGUCCUUCCCCGAGAAGACCUGGAGAAAAUCAUCACACAUGCUCUCCUGCAGCAGUAUCUCAAAGAAGACUACAGUUUCACAGCUUACGCCACCAUCUCGUAUCUGAAAGUGGGACCCAGAGCUAGUCUCCUCAGCAGCGAUGCCCAUGCUGUCACCAUGCAAGUGAGGAGGUCCACACAGAGCGGCGCCAGGGCUGCAUCACCUGAAGUCUGUCAGUCGGGGCAUGCAGAGGAGAAAGGAAAGAGUUCAGGUGACGUCCAGAAGUCCACAAACAGGCUUCAGCCAUCUGGGGCUAAGAACACAGGAGCUAAGAAAAGGAAGCUGGAUGAUGCCUGAGUGUCACCUAAUCUUGCACAAAAUAAACGUUUCCGUAUAUUUAUGUCUAGAUAAUUUUUAUGCUUAAUUUUUGAAACAAUUUUGUAUUUUAUACACAUAAAACUAUAUAUUCAGGGCUUACCUGAAGAUGUGAGAAUUCAAGAUCAUUUGAAAAUUUGAGAUCAGGAAUUAUAUUUUAUAGUGUACAAUAAUGAAAAAUACAUCUUUUAUGCAAAGUUGUUAAGUGUGAUAUAUUUGAGGUUAAGUCCAUGUAACUGUCAUAAGCUCAUAUGACUUGCUAGUUUUCUAGUGUGACUCCCUUUAAAGCAAUACCAUGCUGACAUAGGCUCACCCUUCCAAGAUGAUGCCAUUUUAGGCGGAGUAAUGCAGAUGAUUUCUGACUGGAAGAGCUGCUGUUUUCGCUCAGAUGGAAACAGUCAGUCACCAGGACCAGGGGUGUCAGCAAGAAGACCCGGCACAUUCUAAGUAAAUCAAGACAGCAAGCCUCCUGAAGCACUGGCCUUAUUCUGAUGUUCAAGCAAAGAAGGAUCUGGUACACGAGUACAUUUGUGUGAGUCAAGGUUUAUUGUCAAUGCUGUAUUAGGAAUGUUCACCUGCUAAUUAGUCAUUAAACUGAGUUCACCAUGAAA